AAUACAAAUAACUUCUUUACUCGGAUUACGCAAUUCAAUUACAAAACAAACAAACAAACAAGCAAAGCAACCAAACCCUAAUUUCACACAACAACUUCUUUUUCGCCUUCAAUCGUUAUAUAAUUUCACCGCGUUCAAUUCUGUUGUUCAUUCUUGGAUUCAAAAGCUGUGUAGAAAGAACCGAAGGCGGCUGUCGUUUUGAGUUUUGCGUGUUGAAGAUGAUUGUCGGUCAGAAUAUAACUGGUGCGGUUUUAGAUGUGCAGUAUCAUGUAAACAGCCCCACUUCGACUCCGAAUUUUCACGAGCUUCGCGUUUCGGACUCGGUUUCGGUUUCAUCCGAAAUCUCGGGCUUUGAAUCGGUUGUUAGUUGUUCGGAGACCAUUAAAAGUACUGUUGUUGAGUCUUCAUCUAGUAAGUCUUUCCCAAGAAUCCGUUCUGGUAGCUGUGCUGACAUUGGAUGUAGAAAGUCAAUGGAUGACGAACACAUUUGUAUUGAUGAUCUAUCUGCUCGUCUUGGGUCUCUCUUCAAGUGUCCUAUGCCAAGUGCUUUCUAUGCUGUGUUUGAUGGUCAUGGUGGACCGGAAGCGGCUGUUUUUAUCAAGAACAAUGCCAUGAAAUUAUUUUUUGAGGAUGCUGAUUUGCCAUUAAUAUCUGAUAUUGAUGAUGUUUUCUUAGCUGAGUUGGAGAAUUCUCAUAGGCGAGCAUUUUUACAGGCAGACCAUGCCUUGGCUCAUGAAUGCAGUGUUGGCAGUACAUGUGGUACAACUGCACUGACUGCCCUAGUACUUGGCAGGCAUUUACUGGUUGCAAAUGCUGGUGACUGUCGGGCAGUUUUAUGCAGAAAAGGAGUUGCAUUUGAUAUGUCUCAAGACCAUAAGCCUUCCUAUCUUCCAGAACGCAGGCGAGUUGAGGAGUUAGGGGGGUAUGUUGAUGACAUAUAUGUUAAUGGUCUCUCUGUCACUCGAGCGCUGGGAGACUGGAACUUGAAACUCCCACUUGGGUCUGCCUCACCUCUCAUUGCUGACCCAGAUGUUCAACAAGUUGUGUUAACUGAGGAUGAUGAAUUCCUAAUCAUUGGGUGUGAUGGUAUCUGGGAUGUGAUGUCAAGUCAGUAUGCAGUUAGCCUUGUCCGCAGGUUGCUGAGGCGACGCGAUGACCCAAAGCAGUGUGCUCAAGAACUAGUGAUGGAAGCGACACGCCUACAUUCAUCUGAUAAUCUCACUGUGAUUGUUAUCUGCUUUAAUUCCCCUGCUCGUGCUGAGUCAUGUCCUCCUCAGCGGCGUAGGUUCAGGUGCUCAGGUUUAUCUGAGGAGGCGCGAAGUAGACUUAAGAGCCUGUUAGAAGGCAAUUGAUCGAAUAUACCAAUUAUUUCAUACACUAUUUACCGAUUAAAGUUGAGAAGUGAUUAUUAUCUGUUUAAAGGCUGUUUCAGAUGGUUCAUAAAAAAAA